CAUUAAAUACAUCGAUUUCUUCGGAUACAAUAUAUGUAUGUUCCUUGUUUCUAAUGUCACCAAUGGAAAGUCUCUACUAUCGAUGUUAUCGACCGAAAAGCAGCUAAAAAUCGAUUGCUGGCAACAACGAUGCUUUUGCAGCUCUAGCAGAUAGUGAUUUGUUUUAGACAAGUUCUACUGUACAUCAUACACAUUUGGCUCUGCGUCAAAAUUAUUUUGUGGCAGGAGCCGGCAAAUUUUGGAGCAAACAGGUUAAACACAACAAUGUCGAUGGCCGAGACCCUGGACUACCUCAUAGUGGGCAAUCCUGUCAGCCAGUUGAUUAUCUUGUCUGCAAAUGCCUUCCUGCAGAGCAUCGGAUUGCUGCCGCCGAAAUGUCCCAUGGAGGACACGCUCCUCGUCUUCCAACCCUCAUCGCAUUCGUUCGUGCGUUCGCAUAGCUCACUGUACUGCCUCGCCGGAAGCCAUUAUCAUUUCGUGAGGCUGGCCGGCAUUGGCGGAGCAUCGGCCAUCUUUAUGGGGGCCUACUGCAAGUAUGUCCUGCGGGAUCUGGAUAGUGUCCGGGAGCAACUGGACUCGCAGGCCUUCGCCGAUGUGGCCAAUCGCAUCCACUUCCUGCACUCCUUCGCCUUGAUGGCCAUGCCCCUGGCCCACUAUCCCUUCCUCACCGGAGCGCUGAUGAUCACCGGCACCCUGUUCUUCAGCGGUUCCAUGUACUAUCGCGCCCUCACGGGCGAGAAAUGGAUGCAGCCAUAUGCCACCGUCGGAGGAUUCUGCCUCAUGGGCGCCUGGCUGUCGUUGGUCCUCUAGAAUUCGCUGCAAUACGAAUACGAAUACGAAUACGAAAUACUUGUGUAUAGCUUGUCCGGAAUUAGAAUGCCAGAAUGCCACGAUGAAUCUCGUAUCUCUAACUAUGCUGGCAGUAGUGUAUAGUAAAUAUAUAGUGCGUCUUAAAAGUGAACUCUGGAAGGCUUUAGCAGCCCAUGGAAGACACUUUUAAGAUAUAUAUUUCUAUGAGCUGUUGGCCAAAUGUACAUACAUAAAUUCCUAAAAUCAAAUAAAUACAAUAUAGGUCUUUCAUAUAAGAAAUAAUAUUAUAUGAACGAAGUAC